AUGGAGAACAAUAAGAUUACUAUGUUCCGGUCACUCGAUGCUCACGUAACUAACUACACCAUCAAGGCUAAGAUCAUAUCAUUGUGGCAUAAAAAAAUGAAUGGUGAUGAAAAGCAAAUAUAUCGAGUUAAUAUGGUUUUGAUGGAUGAGGAGGGUUCAUUUAUGCAAUGUAGUUGUUUGAACAAGCUUUUCAAAUGCUUCCUCAAGCAUUUGGUUGUUGAUGACUGUUUAUUGAUUUACAAACCAUCUCUUGCGAAAGAUACUACAAAGAUAAAGGUUACGGGAAAAGAUCAGAAGCUAUCUUUGUAUCCAUUCAGUUCUGUUCUGAAAAUAGAGAAUUGGUCUGGGCCUCGCUACUACUUUCGUUUCACUGAUUUUAAAUCUGUGUUGACCAAAAAAGUUCCAGCUAAUACUCCUAUAGAUUUUCUUGGAUACGUGGUUGUGUCUUAUCCUAUUGAGGAUGUGGAUAAAAAGGAUGGCACUAAAACCAAACGAAUGAACCUAACUCUCAAAGAUCUCCAUGAUACCAAGAUUAGUCUUACAUUAUGGGAAAACUAUGCAAUCGAGAUGUCCGAUUAUAUGAAUGGUAAGGACCGCGAAGAUCAUGUGGUUCUUCUUGUGCAUUUUGGCACGGUAAACAUCUAUCAAGAAAAAGUUGGCCUUACCAAUAUGUUUGAAGCAAGUCGUCUUUUCAUGAAUUCUGAUAUUGAUGAGAUAAGAGAGUUCAAAGAAAGGUAUGUGGAGAAGGAGUUUUCUCAGUCGUCUUCCAGUAAACACUCAUGUUCUCAAGUGAUAUCCAAUGUUGAAGAACAGUUUCUAAAUGCUGGUGACUUUGUGUACAAUGCUUUCAUUUCUUCCAUUGAAGUGGAAAAGAAGGUUGUCAUCGUUGGUACUGUUAUUGCAAUAUCAAAUAAUAAGCCUUGGUACUAUUUAGCAUGCAAUCAUUGUAAGAAACAAAUUGAAGAGAGAUCUCAGCUGGUUGAAAAAGAGGACGGCAGCUUUGACGUUUUAGAUCAGAAUAUCAUUGAGUGUACAAACGGUGAUUGCGAGGCUGUUGACAUUACCCCUAUUCAUCGAUACAAGAUACCUCUAAGGGUUCAGGAUUCGACAGGGACUGUGUCUUGUACGUUGUUUGAUUAUGAAGCUAUUAAGCUUUUUAAGAAAACCGCCAAACAACUCCUGGAUGUUUAUACAAAGGUUGACAGUUCGAUUGAAGGAGGCUUUCAAACACUUCCAGCUGAGUUUGAUACGCUGAUCAACAGAAAGUUUGCUUUUCAAAUCAAAGUUUCCAGUUAUAACAUUGCUAACCAGUCGGAAAACUAUGGAAUUUCUAUGUUAUCUUCUGACGAUGACAUACUCUCAGCGCUAGAGAAAAAAUGGAAAAUUAACGAGGUUGAUCAGUCUGAGUCAAAUGUUCAAUCACUGUCUGAUUCGGUCAGUAAUGUGAAAUUCAUAUCUAAGGAAUCACAAUCUGUAAUUGGUGACAAUGUUACACAAGAACAUGUUGAUGUUAGCGAUCAUGGUCAGUCAAAGUUGGAAAACGUCAAACGUAACCUUCAAGAAGUUUAUGAUGUUGAUGCUGUUGACAGUUCUUCAACUAAACGUCCGAACAUUCCGGGUGAUGUUGAAAUAAAAGAUGCUAUCAAGUUUGACCUCAUCACUCCAAAGUUAGAGAAAUGAAGGAAUCUGCACAUGGUCUAGAUUUGAAUUUCCAUUUUACAUAUUUUUAAGACUUAUGUGUUGGAAUAAGGCAUUAUAUGAUAUUGAUGGUUUUAUGGAUUUUAUUUUGACAUUUUUUUGGAAGUAAUUAAGGUUUUUUAUAUUGGCAUUUGGUAA